CUGGAAGUGGGAAUUUCGAUUUCAUAUCGGUUUAAAAAUGGUUUUAAAAUUGUUCAGUUUUCCAUCUAAUUGAUGACAACUCUCCUCUCCUAUGGGGAUAAAAUGAACACUCUGAAGAUUGUUCACAUUUUUUAAUGAUUGACCUCUUGUGAGGUUGAGGUGAACUGUUUCACGAUUUAAAAUGUAUAGUAUUUGUUAUUGUAGUUGUGUGUUGCUGGCGUUUCUUCAAUUAUUCACUGGUGUCUGUUAUUCUCAACUUUCAGUACCAGAGAUUCUAUUCCAAGCACAAUAUGCCAAUUCCACAAAGUUCAAAAGGGAGCUGAAUGAGUUUCAGUGCAAACUACCCAGCUAUCCAGAAAAUGGACAAUGGAGCGUAAUAAAUGGAUAUGGAAAACCCGGAGACGAUGUUGAAAUCAAUACAAUGAUCAAAUUUGAAUGUUUACCAGGAUACAUGUUAACGCCCGAUACUCCUUACGUAGUAUGUGAUAGGAACUGGAGUCCUGAUAUCAUCCCAAAGUGUAGAAGAUUAUGCCGUCCGUUCUAUUCUACUCCUACAACUAAUUUGAAAUGUAAGGAUCGGAAUGGAUAUGCCAUCGGAUGUGAUAAAGCUACCGAUGGAACAUAUUUAACCUACGAGUGCAUCCCGCAUUAUGAAGUACCACUAGGUCGCAAACAAAGCCUGCUCUGUUAUGACGGAAUUUGGGAUUUUCCAAAACCGGUGUGCCAACCAGUUUGUGGAAAGAAACCAGCCAAUGAUACCCUAACACUUUCAUGGGGCGCAUCAGAUGCCAAAGAAUCUGAGUAUCCCUGGGUUGUUGCAAUUUACCAAAAAAAUGGAAUCAACUAUACUAAUGUAUGUGGUGGAACACUCAUUAGUCGCAGAGUUGUUAUUACUGCCGCCCAUUGUGUUUCAAAUGAUUACGGACAGACUUCACCAGUUGAAAACUAUGAGGUUGCUGCUGGAAAAUACUAUAAUAAACAUGGAGAUUGUAGAGAUAAGGAAGCCCAAUAUAUGAAGAUAGCUCAUAUAUUGAUACAUAAACAAUUUAGAGGAGAGCAUCGUCGAUUCCAGUAUGAUAUUGCUGUGAUAGUAACGAAAAAACUAUUCAUUUUGGGCCCAAAAGUGCAACCCGUUUGUAUAAAUGAUAUUAAUUACAUUUAUCCACAUAUCGGAGACAUAGGAGAGGUUGCUGGGUGGGGCGUGACUGAAAAUGGCGAGCCGUCAGACACUCUCAAAUCACUCAAAAUUCCCCUGAAGAAGUCAUCAACUUGCUCUGCCGAGUUACCUGUAGAUUGGGAAAGAAGGUACAAUUUAGAAGACAAAAUAUGCACCGGCUUUUUCAGACAAAAUAUGAGUGUCUGCAAAGGUGAUAGUGGAAGCGGUCUCAUUUUCAAAAAUCCUGAAGACAACAGAUUUUACCUUCAUGGUGUCGUAAGUCUCUCCCCAAAAGCUGCUGAUGGGCAGUGCAACCACGAACAGAAUGCUUUAUUCACCAAAGUGGCAAAUUAUUACGAAUGGAUAGACCGAGAAUCCACAACGAACUAUAUUGAGGAAUGUAGUCUUCCAGCUCAUCCCAAAAAUGGUAAAUGGGUUAUGGAAAAUGGUGCAGUUAGAAAACCUGGGGAAAUCGUUCCAUCGACGGCAGUCCUGAUAUUCUCUUGUAAUGAUGGAUAUAAACUGUCAGCGGUAUCUCCAAAAUUUUUCUGCGAACCAUCAUUCCAACCUCCUACAUGUAACUGUGAGUAUGACUGAGUGAAAUGGUAAUAAC